AUGGAUUUAAACGCGCAUGGAUUCUUCGGCCAGGCAGCCACCAACAACAAUGCCAAUGCCAGUGCCAGUGCUAUUGGGUCCGUUACCGGCAGCAACCGACCACAGCGUCGCAUGCAUCCUAUUCGCCCAGUGACGAUAAAGCAGCUGCUGGAGGCGCAGCGCGUCGGCGAGGGCGUGAUGGUUGUCGACGGCCGCGAGGUCACGCAGGCGACCGUCGUUGGUCGUGUGAUCGGCUACGAGGACGAGACGGCUAACCGUCUCACUGGCGCCGUCACGGCGAAGCACUACGGUUACCGCAUUACCGACGGCACUGGUCUCGUUGUGGUGCGCCAGUGGAUGGAGUCUGAGCACCAGGAGGAGCCGCUGCCCGUGCAGUGCUACGUGCGGGUCUCGGGCACCGUGAAGGUGUGGCAGAACGCCCCCAUCGUCACCGGCACAGUGCGGCUUGUCUCGGACUGCAACGAGCUGAACUACCACUACCUCGACGCUAUCCUCACGCACCUGCGACUGUCGAAGGGCAACAAACACGCGAAGGAUGAGGCUGCAGUUCCGGCUGUUAGCAACACGGCGAGCACGCUAGGUGUGCAAAACAUGCUGCCGGGCGGUGAGGGCAAAGUCUUUGCCACAGACGUGCUGCUGAAUGCAAUCAAACAAAACGCGCGAAGUGAUGUGGGGUUGACGAUGGAUGAACUCACCGCCGCGGCACGGCAGUACGGGUUUAGCGUCAAUGACGUUCGCGUCGCGCUGCGCACGCUGGCGGCGGAGGGGAGUGUGUACCAGACACAUGACAAUCGGUUCAAUAUUUAG